AUGCGGCCCGCUCCCACGGAUGCUAACAUGUAUAACAACGUGAAGAAGAAUGAUGCGGAUAACGGGCUGAGUUCAUCAAACCACUAUAACAGUGUUAAUUCCGUGAAAACUAGAGAAGGUACGCAUAAGGUUUUAAGACUUGGGGUCGGCACGUACAGCAACGACUUAAGUAAGCGGACUGGUGCGGUUACGGCGACAAAUGCGCUCAACUCGCAAGGAAAUUCCGUUAGGACCGAUCCCGCAGGGACAAGAGGUCAUCUCACAAACUCAGCAAGGCAACACAAAAAUGCGGAGAGUCCAGUAACGGGAACAUGCAGCACGGGGCAGUUGAAAACCAACUGCUCAGUGGGAACUGAGGGGAAGGCGGGUGGUACAACACAACCCCUAAAGUUGUUGCGACCGCCAAUGACAACUGUAGAGCCAAUGGAAAACCUCACGGGGUUAAUUUCGCCUUUAGAGGGUUCGGCAACUGCCAGUGACUCGAGCGGCAACUGCCGGCGGAAGACGGUACGAAACCUCCCACUGAUUGAUGUCACACCACAACCACCAGCGCCGCUUCCCAAAGGUCAGGACACCGGUGGAAGCAAAAGAAGUGGAUAUAUCACAUGUCAGCGUGUAAAACCUUCCAUAUCACUGAAAUCCCUCUCGCCAAACGUGUCACCGCCCUCCACCAGAGUGCUUCCAGAUGUUCACAGCCCGCAAUCGGUAGCGUUGCGCCUGCCACUACGCCAUCAGCACGCAAAACCAACCGCCGUUACCAAUUCCACGCAAUUGGAGCCCAUGUGGAAGGAGCGAGGAAAAAAUGAUGAGCAUCACAAUAAAGCCAAUGAGGAACUGAAAAACAUUGCGGACAAGAAGGUGGCGGAGACUCACAACGAAGGGAAGUUUACGAAUAUUAUAGGUUGGGUUUCGGUUAGUGAAAGAGUGGAAGCAGCAGCAAAUAAGACACAUGACACAGGCAAUGAGUCAAGUGGAGUGAUACAAACUGGUCAACGUGAGGAUCCCUCGCUAGUUCUUGCCGAAAGCUGUGCGCAUAUGUGGGAAAGUUUAAUGAGGGGUGCUGCAGCGGGCGGUUCUUCUCUCUCCAGUUUAGCCGAAAACGCCAAUUGUCAACACAAAGGGGAUAGCUCUGCAAAAGAUGUGGAAAAGAAGUCACUUGAAGCGAGUUCGACAGAAGUAAAGAAGGAUGAUAUCGUGCGGCGAGUGGUUGAUUUAACCACGUGGGCGGCCACACCACUUUUAUCGGUAAAUGACGACCUUCACACAUUGUUGAGACAUUCUGCAGCAACACAUCAUCAGUGGUGCGGAGAGCGGGAUGCCGCCACGAAAGAUAAUCCAAUUACGUUAGAGCGAGGAGGAGAAUUGAAGACGUUGAAUCACCGCGUCCACAACGUUAUCGCCCAAAUUCUUCACCCGAAGCGUCCACUACAGCCAAGUUACCCGAGCAGAAUGCCUUUAGUAAUGGAAAAAGUUCACGGCAAACGUCGUGCGGUUUCGCCGCUUCGUUUCUAUGGACCGAAGGGAAAAGUGAUUGGUCCACGAUGGUUUGAGUCCGCAUUGGAUGAUGCGAAGCGUGUGGCAAGUCCCAAUAUUGGGCUCCUUGAGGCUGGAGAAGCGGAAAAGGCAAUGAGUUGCAAACGCUCUUAG